CAACCGGUGAAACUUUAAGCAGCAAAAAAAACACCAAUCAAAGCAACCACCGUCCCCCGUCAAAAUACCACGCGUCCUGCACCGGCUCCUGGCGUCGCGCUGCGCGAAAAACUUUCAACAACAUCAUGAAAAAUUCGCAGAACGCCGGUCGCUCCCUUCCGAUUCCAACAAACCGCGAGCUAACCGUCAGCCUCAUCGGCUCGAUAAUCCGCUUUGCGAUCGAUGUGCCACAGGUCCUUGGGCGACGUGAGAAUCUAGCGCCCGAUAAGCUGUUCUUCCUGCUGCUUCCGAUCGUCCGGAACCUCGGCAAGCUAAUCGACCGCAUCCGACACAGCUCAUCUGUCGCGGGCAGAAAUGCAUCAGACGGUUCCGGUCGCUUUGAAAUGUCCGGAGGCCCCGAACUGCCACACACAACGUUAACACGUCCGGCAGCCAUGCACCCCAACAAUGGUGCUGCACCGGUCUCAACAAUACCAGCCACCGCGCCUACCAACGCAAUGCUGUGGCAGCAUUGUCCACCAAACCCUCAAAGGCAACGUCAGCAGCAACAGCAGCUGCAGCAGCACGACCACCACCAUUGCACCAGCACGUCAAUGCUAAUGAGCGACGAAGAUGACGAAGAAUCCUCCUCCGUUGCCUUUGAGAUGCAUCGUGAUUCCAUCCUGCCCGGCCCUUGCCGGCAGGUCCUGCGCCAGAAGGAUGGUAAUUACGCGAUUCGCGAAACCACCGAUACGCGCGGCGCCGAUGGCACGUUUCAGCGUAUUACCAAAACCAUCAGCGGUCCGGACGUGAUGAUACUGACGAACAUUACGAGCCAGCUGGCGGAGCUGCCGACGCUAAUGCCAAAGGCGACCGUGGUCGACGCUGGGGCACGGACUGAAAAAUAGGUGUGAAUCCUGUCGGACGGCGUGAACAGGUUGCCGUACACUACCCCUAUCAGCCAUGAAUCUACCUUUAAAAUUAAACAAAGGAAAAUCAAUUUACAGCCGCAGGAGCUCAAGAUAACUCACCACUCGUUCACCUGCCCCGUCCCCGGACACCCGUUCUUGGAAGCUUUUCCAAGAGGAAGUAAGCUUGCCAAAUCAAAUCGAUUUCAAACGCCAGAACACAAACAUUACGUGCAACGAGCGGACCGUUAUUACAUUAAGCAUGUGCCGAAGAUUAAUGGCGUUGUUUGCGGCUGGUAAGGAAUGCGCAGUCCACAAGGCGAACCUUCAAAUCCUACGCGUAGCAGUAUCUUACCUUCACUCAAACCGACCGAAUCCGCUACCAUCAGCAAGGCGAGCCGGACCGCUUCACUUUCAGGUUCCCGAUUUUUUCCGUUUCCCGGAUUCGAGUUUGCCGGUUCCGCUUGGGUUAACGUUCGAACGGAAACUAAUAAAUUAGCUCUUCCGUAACAGUUGUUAGCCAGCUGACCAUGUCUGGCAUCUUUCUGGC